GACAACUAUUACCAAAUAUGACAAAACCCAAGACCAUUGGGAAAUGUCCCAUUUGCGGGAAAGUGUUAAAUUUUGUGGCAAAGCAUCUCAGGGAGAUCCAUUCCCUCCAGAACAUCCGGGAGAGGAGCAUCCUUAACUACCUGGCCACAGGCAAGACUUUGGUUCCUGCCGGACCCUGCCCCCUUCCCGGAUGUUCGCCCUAUCUCCUUUACGUGGUAAAACACCUGAGAACUCACACUGAGGUUCCCAAGGCAAACGUGGAUCGGAAGAUCAAGGCCCUCAAGCGCACCACAGCCAUCAACCAGCUGGCGGCCUUGAGGGCCACUGAUCCCCAUCCACCCAUGGUCAGCACGCUCGACCAGCCGGAGGACCAGGCGCAGCAGUCUGACCCGGAGGCGGGAGUAAGCAUGUGCACGAAGCGCACUUGCGUCAAUGCCCGCCUCCGGGUCCGUCAGCUAGAAAGGGAGCUGGCAGACCUCCGUACUAGGUUGGUCCAGCUCCAGGCCAAGCACCGGCCUCGACAGGCAGCCCCAAUACCGAUUGGUCAUCGGGAGAGAUAUUGCAGAAAGAAACACAGAGACGAGGCCAAACCGUCGGCCCAGCCCAUGGAACCAGUCAGCGCCCCCCACACCAUGAAGAACCCGCUCCAACGCCCAGAUGGCAAGGACCAAUCCAGGUGUUACUGA